AGAGGGGGGCGGGCCCUACCGCAGGCUGACACUUGGCUCCCUCCGAGGGGGAUAUUUAACUUGGGGCCGAGCGGGGCCAGCGCCGCAGUCCGAGGAGGAGAGGCAGAGGGAAGGAAGCAGAGAAGGCAGGGUUGUGAGUGAGAACGAGGGAAGAGGAAAAGCCGCAGGGCGCGAAGAAGGAAAGGAAAGGAAAGGCAGGAGGAGCUCGGGGCAAAGCGGAGUCCAUCCUCGCCUCUCAGCGGGUCCGAGGGACUUCGAAGCAGAGCUGCUUUCGUCCCAGGGAGCAUGACCGGGGAGGUGGCUAGCCCGGCGCGGACCUUCCCCUGAACCCGCUCGCCCCCUUCUUCUCCCGGCCAACAUGCAGCCGGCCAGCACUUUCGGAGCCGUGGGGCAGUCCCUGCCGGGGAGACCCUCGGCGGCGGCGCGGAGCGGAUAAGCCAGGAGCCGCGCCCCCUCCCUCCCUCCCUCUCUCUCUCCUCGGGUCUUUUCUUCGUCCUCGGGCUCCAGCCUCACGAGGCCCAGGCUGUCAUGCUCAUGUCUAGACGGGGCGCCGGGGCUCCCCGUCCAGCUGUCACCAUGGGGAUGGAGGCGGAGGAGGAGGAGCGCCGGGCGCCGCGCUGAAUUGCCGGGAAGGCAGAGAGAGGCGCAGAGAGAGCGCGAGGCUGCCCUGGGGAAGGGGGCCCCCUCUUGGCGGUGAAGAUUCCUCGGAUUACGACUACUGCUACCACCGCUCACUGGAUUGUUCUACCCGCCUUGCCCUGUGGACCCAAGGCCGCUAACAAGCCCUUCUUUCCGUCUCCUCUUCCUUCCAUCUCUCCCCUCCUCGCCUUCCAUCCUUCCCAGCCCUUCUCUAGUUCUCCUAGUUUGUGCCCUUCUCCCCAGUGGCAGGAAAGAGACCACGGUCCAACUCUGGGGCGAUCCGUUUCAAGACAGACUUUUUCCCAGGACACUCUUGGUGACCCCUCAUUGGCAAAGCAGGCCCUCAGGGCAUCUUAAGGCAUCGAGGAGCAGCACUUGGCAAAGGGCAAGGGCCGAGGGGAGUAUGAAGGCCCCCCAGGCCUUGCUGCUUUACUCCUCCUUGGCGGUGCUAUGGCCCCAGGGCUGCGGCCAGCCCUACCUCCGUCUGCGCCCGUCCCCCAGCGACAACCUGCCCGUCAAGGACAUCAUUGAGCAUCCGGACCCAGAGUAUGACCCCAAGGAACAGGACCUGGACGAGAGGACUUUGAGGAAGAAGCUGGGGAGCAGCUUCGACCCCCACUUCAUGUCGGUGGCAGCCCCAGUCCAGGGGAACCUCUCAGACCCGCAUCACAGGCCCUUCAAGGGGACGGGGCCCUUGCCCAACGAGCUCAAGAAGCUGGACCUUGGGGAGACACCAUAUGGGGCACGGCUGCGGUUGGGAAAGAAGGCCCGGCGGAAGUUCCUGCAGUGGCUGUGGGCCUACACGUACUGCCCGGUGGUCUACACUUGGAAGGACCUGGGGGCCCGCUUCUGGCCCCGAUACAUCAAGGAAGGGAACUGCUUCUCAGAGCGGUCCUGCUCCUUCCCGGAGGGCAUGUACUGCAAGCCAGUCAAGUCCGUGACCAAGACGUUCCUGAGGUGGUACUGCCAAGGGUGGUCCCGGCAAAAGUAUUGCACUUGGAUCCCGGUGCAGUACCCAGUGAUCUCUGAGUGCAAGUGCGCCUGCUAGCCAGACUCAAGGUUCCUGGGUGACCUGACAAACUGCCCUUGUGCACCACAUGUGGAUAUAUGCGGACCACUUGCCUGAGAAAGCCUUCACCUGGAAGCCCCUUGAGGCGGAAUGGCAUUGGCAACCCUCCAUCCGGGCCACAUGGGUCCCGCCACAAAAGCUCUAGGUAUUCUGUGGGUAACAUGCUUCCAACACGGCGUAGGGACUGCAUGUUUGGACCCAGAACUCUCACGGUGGACCCAUGGAGAGACUCGACGAAACAGGGACACACAAUCCAUAAGGGACCUCACCUGUUUGUUUUUUCAUCCUCGUCCCAUCCCCUCAGCAGCCCCUUGCACUGGGCUUUCUUUUCUCUCUCUAAUUAUUUUAUCUUAUUUGAAAUAAGGGGGGGGGGGGAGCAAAACCUGAAAGGAGCUGCAGUGCAGGCUGUGGAAAAAGCUGAGCACCACAUUCAGAUGUCUAUUUUUAUACGUAUAUAGCAUUCUAACAAAAAGGGAAAUUACCAUCCUUUGUAAAUACAGAGAAAUUUUAAAGGGAGAAGAUUCAGUGGUGUGUGUUUUCUUGGUGGGCUAUUUUUAUUGUUAUUAUUAAUAAUAAUAUGAAGAGGACGAUGAUGAUGCAGGACCACAUGUUGAAGCUGACCUUUUCCAAAUUGAUCACUUUCCUUUGGCAAAUGGGAAGAAGGAUAUGUUUCCUAAAAAAGACGGUUUAUACUACUCAACCUCCCUUUAGAAAGUUUUGUUUCUUUUUCCUGUUUUUGUUUCUUUUCCUUCCAAAUUUGUUGCUGAUCUUCAGACUAAUAUUCAAAAUUGUUUUUUAAAAAAUAUGUAUAUUGAUUAAGAAGAUUUUUUUAAGUAUGUUGCAAAAAGGGUGAAUUUUUUGUUUGUUUUGGAUUACAUAUAGUGAUGUAGAUACGUUAAAAGGCAUUUCUUGUGCACAGUUUAUUUAUUUUUCAUGUUUGUGUAUAGGAGGAGAGAAAGCUAGAGAUUAUGCCAGAAAAAAUAUUGAAAAUGUUUACUUGAAUAUUCCUUUUUCAACAUAUCAGUGUACAUAUCAACCAUGACUGAUAAAAAAUUUUUUAGCAAUAAACUCUAUCGCUAAAGAAAUA